GGAGCCGCGCGCUGAUCCCACGUGUGUCGCUCGCGCUCCCGGUUCGGUAAAAUACCUUGAGCUGGGGCUGCAGAGCUUGUGUGUGUGUGUGUGUGUGUAUGUGUAUGCGUAUGCGUAUGCGUGUGUCCGGAGUUGGUUGGGCUUGGAGCUAUGGAAGCGGACGCAAGUCAAGUCACCUCUGGAAGCCCCAACGAUUCGCAAAACGACCCGGGUAAAAUGUUUAUCGGUGGCCUCAGCUGGCAAACCUCACCAGACAGCCUUAGAGAAUAUUUCAGUAAAUUCGGGGAGAUCAGGGAAUGUAUGGUGAUGCGCGACCCCACCACCAAACGCUCCAGAGGGUUUGGCUUCAUCACGUUUGCAGAUGUUUCCAGUGUAGAUAAAGUCUUAGCUCAACCACACCACGAAUUAGACUCCAAGAUGAUUGAUCCUAAGGUCGCCUUUCCUCGGCGUGCCCAACCUAAGAUGGUCACAAGAACGAAGAAAAUAUUUGUGGGUGGAUUAGCGGCAAACACAGUCGUUGAAGAUGUGAAACAGUAUUUCGAACAGUUUGGAAAGGUAGAAGAUGCCAUGCUAAUGUUCGACAAAACUACAAACAGACAUAGAGGCUUUGGCUUUGUUACGUUUGAGAAUGAAGAAAUUGUUGAGAAAGUCUGUGAAAUUCAUUUUCAUGAAAUCAAUAAUAAAAUGGUAGAAUGUAAGAAGGCCCAGCCGAAAGAAGUGAUGUUUCCUCCUGGCACGAGGGGGAGGGCGAGAAGUCUUCCUUACACCAUGGACGCCUUCAUGUUGGGCAUGGGCAUGCUGAGUUACCCUAACAUUGUGGCAACGUACGGUCGAGGAUACGCAGGUUUUUCUCCUAGCUACAGCUACCAGUUUCCAGGUUUCCCAGCAACAGCGUAUGGACCUGUGGCGGCAGCAGCAGUGGCAGCGGCGCGAGGUUCAGGUAGGGCAACCUGGGGAAGAGGCGGCUACAUGGCGUACCCACAGAACGCAGGGCCAGGGUUCCCCGAUUACGACUUUUAUUCUGGGCCCGGUGACCAGCGGGGAGCUCCCUGCUCCUUUACCAACUAUGCCACCUUGGGACCCCAUACAGGUCAGAUGCUGCAAAGUGAGCACGUCACCUCUACCUGCAACUCACCCUCCCAGCACCACCCAAGCCCGGACCACUUUAAGAGCUCAGGUGCUAACCCUCCUCGGCCUGGAGGUUUUCCCGGUGCCAACAGUCCUGGACCUGUGGUAGAUCUGUAUGGCCCCAGCAGUCAGGACUCAGCUGUGGGAAAUUACAUCAGUGCUGCCAGCCCCCAGCCGGGCUCUGGGUUCAAUCAUAGUAUUGCCGGCCCUUUGAUUGCCACAGCAUUUACAAAUGGAUACCACUGAACGCUAACUGGAGGUGCAGCACCAUCUCAUUGGAGUUUGUCAGGAGGCCCUGGGAAAAUGGCCGGAGUCUCUGAUUGGUUUGUGUACAGUUGAUGUCAUAAGAUUUCAAGUACUACAGGCUCUGAUUGGUGAAAAGAGACAAAGGGAUGGAACCAAAUAAAUAAGAAGGAAAACUCAAGAUCGUCAGAAAACAUCACUCUGCUGUAACCGUAAUCCCACCCUCCUGUCACUGAAGGACUCCUCCCCAUUUCUCAUUCUUUCUUCUUUCUGUACGCUUUUUGAAAUUACUUUAGAUUUUAGUUGAGAAACAUACUUUGAUGAGUGAAGCAAUUCUAUUGUUCAGUUGCAAUUAUUUUAGGAUUCUUUUAUGAGUCAAAAGGGGUUUUGUUGUGUGUUUUUAGUUCAAAAGUGUUUGCAAAUCUUGUUGGAUUCACUUUCAGUGCCAGUUGAUUUGAGAAUCAGAUUUAACAUUGUCAUUUUUUUGCACACAUGGACAGACACAGCUCUGAAAGAAGAAACCAUGCCGUUCAUCCAUAUAAAAAAAAAAAAAAAAAAAAAGACUGUCUUAGUAGCUGUUUUUAAUUCUUGUGAAGUCUCAUUGUUGAUCAUAAUGACCUAUUUUUGGGCAAUACAGAGGGAGAGGACUCCAAUAUUUUUAUGGUCCUUUUUAUAUACCUAUAUACGUAUAUAUAUCCGUGUCGUUGUUGUUGUCGUUUAGGGAAAUAUGUAUACUGUAACAUUUUUUCAAAUGAAAACAUUGUGAUUUCAAAUAUAAGAGAAAAAAAUGUAAAUGUAAAUAUCUUUCACAGCAUAUAACCAGUUCAAACAUAUUUUUCUGAUGGUAUGUCAUAAAAAAAAAUUCAGGUUGCAAAUAAUCAAAGAAAAUUAUGGUAUAAACAGAACUCUGGUAACACAUGAUUUCUCAAUUACUCUAAACACACAAGCUGAAUCAUUUUACAGCCGUAAUACCAGCAUAUUCACACACACGACUACAGGACCCCACUCGCAGUGGGCUUCAGAUUGCGUCAAAUUUUGUAUUGUUUGCUGUGGAGUUUUAAAAAGAACACUCAUUCAAAGCACACUGCGUAGUGAUCAACAAAAGGACUUAAAUUUUUCUGUGUUCUGCACAUUCUGACACUUUUAUACUCCUGCGGAAAAAAAAAAAAAAGUAACUUGCUAUGUUGUCUGUUGUUGUCAGUGUUGUCUAUUAGAGGAAGUUCCUCUUGAUUUUGGAAACUGUUGUGGACUGUACAUGAACAAAGCAUUUUAUUUCUCUUUUGAGUGAAGGAAACAACCAUUUUUACGAAUCAUACCUCAGUCCUGUGAGAUUUAAUUUAUUCAGAGAGCAAACAGACAAAUGUGCAGAUAAGUGUACAAAGGAAGCUUUGCACUGUGUAUGUAAGAACGAAGGUUUUCUCUUUGCACAUGCUAGCUGUCAUGAGUGACCUUACGGAGAGCUGACGUAUGAAAUAUUGUUUAGUGAAUGUUGCUUUUUAUUUUUCUGCCGCUGGCGUCCGGAAUGCAGGUUGAGAAAAAGCCAAACGAAAAGCAAUCUAUUACUUGUGUGGUCAGAUUUCAUUUCACGGAUAUAGCCAACCUUUUAUCUGAAAUAUUGACAUAUUUUAAUAUACAGCCAGUUGAAGACACUGAAAAAAUGUUGGCCCAAAACCUGGCACUGUUGUUCUGAUUUCUUGUAUGAUUAAAAGCUGGUUUAGGUCAAAUGCAUAAAAAAAAAAAAAAAAUGCUGAUUUUUAAUGUUAACGAUCUGAUAUGUAUAUUCUGAUGUAAAUGUGUCUUUUUUCCUGCUGCCAGUGUAAACUGUUUUGUUUCAUGAAUUCUGUUUUAUUUGAUGUAGUCUGGUGGUCAGAGGCACACGUGCUAAAUGCUGAAGCCUCUAAAAGAUAUACAGAUCCAAUCAAGUAAUAAUAUUUAAACAUAUGAAAGGAACAAAAGGUCAGAAUAGAAGAAAACUAUUGUAAAGUUCAAAUGUAAACAAAAAUGAAAUAUAAAACAUUAAAAUGUUCUCUGAUUUCAACACA